AUGGAAAAUCAAAACCCCCAGCUGAAGAAUCUUAAUCGUGCCUCGUGGAGGUCAAAAUGUCGCAAAGACCUUGCGCAACACAUCCGCGAAAAAAUUGGAAUCCAUCUGAAGCCCUCGGAGGUACGACUAAAAUCCACCGAGGAGCUGCAAUAUAUAUGGAAGAUUGAUGAUCCCUCACUUGAGCCCCUGUUUGAUAAACACCUGAGCAAGCACUCGGUGGGAGCAUACAUGCAGCUGUCACAAGAGGUCGGCCAAUCUUUCCAUGCUGUUCGGCAUCAGGGUAUUAUGCAGCGACCCUCAAACACUGUGUUGGAUGCACAGUACCAGCAAAUCAAAGGAGAAAACGCUCAACUCCUUGAAAGGUUACACCUGGCCGAAAAGGAUAGAGCAGGACUAGAAUUGGCGAGAGCCAAGGCAGAAGACGAAGUGCAGGCCCAUAAAGCUAUGAUUCAAGAGUCUAUGCAUCUCCAUCAGCAGGAUAUUCAAUACUGGAUGACUGUGGCAGCAUACUAUCGAACAAAUUUCACAAGAUGCGUCGAUUCGCUGAGGCAAUUGAUCGUAUUUGCUCAAACUGUGGAGUCUGAAGCCUCAGAACUCUUGUCUGAAUGA